CCGCGAAUUACAAAGCUUCAAUUAACAAAGCUCGAGCUUAAAGCUUUUAAGCUUCCAAAAACAAACUUACGUCAACGACUCAUAAAAAACAACUUCAUUUGCCACUAAUACAGCUGUAACAUUCAAAUUCCGAUUUUGAGUUGGAAUUUUAGUGUCCUGCGUUUUCGGAUCUUCUAACGUAAGUGGGAUGUGAAGGAAAGGAAACCGUUAAAAGUUAAAACGACAAUAUCAUAUAUCCAUUGGUAUAUAAGAAACAAGAUUCAAUCUCGCAAUGGCAUCAGCAGUAGCAGCAGUAGCCUUGCCGCGCGCUAUCCUGCGCUCGGCUCAAAGGCCCUCCGCUGCAGCUGUUCGGCUCUUCCUGCUCCGCCGUCCACUAAGCAGCACCCGUGCCGCGCGGGCCGAUGUCUUUGCACACAACCCGCCGCCUAUGGAGCCGCACAAGCAGCGCGGCCCGCAAGAUAUUGGAGUCGGUGAGCUCGAGGGCACUGAGUUCCGUGUUGAGCCAAUGCGCCGGGUCGGCGAGGAUGACGCUACUAUGCGCGCCCGGCUAGUCUACCAGAGCCGUAAGCGCGGAACACUCGAAUCAGACCUUCUACUCUCCACCUUUGCGGACGAGUACCUACCCACCAUGACCCGCGAGCAGAUGGAGCAGUACGACCGCUUCCUCGACGAAAACGACUGGGACAUAUACUACUGGGCGACGCAGGACUCCCCCUCCAACACCCCCUCUUCUUCCGAGGCGCCCCCCUCCAUAGCAACACAAGACACCAGCUCCGCGGACUACGCCGGCGGCGCCGAAGCCGCCAUCUCGGAAGCCACGCCUCUAGACACCAACUCUUCGACCACCACUUCUUCCAGCCCAGCAACUACCACCGCCACUACCCCGGAGCACUUAACCACGGGCGGCGCCCCGCUCUCAGGCGACUUGUCCCACAAGGAAUCCGCCGCCGCAUCGGCGGAGCCGUACCGCACGCAGGCCGAGACGGGUGAGUGGGCGCAGACGGUGGGGACUUUUAAGCCGGCGUAUCGGCCUGUACCCGCGCGAUGGCGCGACAGUGAAGUGUUACUAUUACUACGAGAGCACGUGAAGGCGCGGUCGAAGGAGAGGGGCGGCAUGGCGUUUAUGCCUUCGCUGCGAUGAAGGGGAAUUAGUAGGCUUUUGUUCACUUGAUGAAAAGGAAGAGAGGGGAAGGGUAUGAACACCUAUUCAGCAUGAUAGGCGGGGAGUACAGCUUUCCAAUUAUGGCAGCAGAAGCUCCAUGUGUUAAUGUAUUUAAUCGUGUUAAGAUGAUAGGGAGCAUGAGAUAAAACGGAACGUAUAAAAAUACCUACCUACCUAUGUAUGAUGGUGGGCAGUCAUGACAGUUAGUGUACGAUUAUAUGAGUUGGUGUUGAGGAAAACAUACAUAUAUGCAUAUACAUAUCCUAGAGAUGAAUGAGGCUGACUGAAGUCUCAAUAUAUAUAUACCUAACAUACCACUUA